CGAAAACCUAAAGUUUUUUUAUAUGUUUUCAAUGAUUGAAGAGUUUUUCUUUAGCAAUAUAUAGAAUUCUGUUUUUUUUCAAUGAUUUAAAAAUAGUUUUUCUUUAGUAAAUGCUCUAUAUAGCUAGAGGCUAGGUUUGGGUUGGACUUUUUCUGUAUCUAUCUAAGAUUAUGGUAGCUUGCAGUGACUUUAGAAUAUUACUCUCUCUGUUCCUUAAUAUAGGGCGUGGCUGUUGUAGUUGCAAAGACCAAUAAAACCGUUUAAAUAUCAGUUACGCUGAUUAAUUCUCUCUGUUCGAAGAGCGACGUUUAGGUAGUUGCGCGGUAGAUACGCUAGCAUUAACCAUCAUGCAGCGUGCGCUCGACCUGUACUUUCCGCGCGAAUAGCCAGCAUGCAUGCAGAUGCAUUUUUGCUAGCGUGCUUUGCUCGCCUGGCAUAACGCCAUGUAUGGAUUGUUUUGAUUCAAAAAUUUGGAAAGCCCCAUGCAUGCAUGCUUGAUCGAAAAUUUGGAUGGCGCCAUCAGCGAUAAAAAAUGAAUAGAAAAUUUUCACUUGGCGCCACUAUUUGCCAGCAAAAUUUUCUCCUAUAAAUAUGGGCAAUGCACCACACAUUUUUUUCCAUCUCUCUUCUUUCCUCCCAUGGUUCAACGUACGUAAUGGCUGGUUUUGAUCUAAAUCUACCCAUCAUCAAUUGGGACGAAGUUGAGGAUUUCGAUGGAGAUAUAUCUGAUUUGAACUAUGACUUUGUUUGGGAUUAUGACAAUGAAGGUGUUCAUAGGAGCUUCUUCUCUUGCUUUGUCUUCUUUUUUUUCUUGUGCAUGUGUGACUAUAAUUUUGUUUCAACGCACAGAUGGUGAAGAUGGCAAUGGCCGCGGCAGUGGCAACGACGGUGGCUGCGACGGCAGCGACGACGAUGGCGGCGGCAGCGGCGGCGGCGGCGAUGACGACGGUGGUGGCGACGACGGCGGCGGUGGCGGCGAUCAAACCACCGAUGGAGCAGUCGAUGCAGGUAUCAAUAUCAAGAGGAGGAGACACUACCCUCCUGAUAUGAAACGAGCCAUAUAUGCAUUGUGUUUGGAGAGAUCGGAUCCUGGUAUGAUGAAGGAGGGAGUGACAAAGUCAGUUGCUACUGAUAUGGGGGUUCCAUGGAGAGUUGUUCAGCAUGUAUGGCGACAUGGACAAAUUGGAGGUGGAAUUGAAGCUUUCGAAUCGAAGAAGAAGAAUAACUGUGGCCGCAAGAAACUUUCUUUUAACCCUGAUGCCAUCAAAGAUGUACCGCUUAGGCAACGCCGAACACUCCGUGACCUAGCUAACGCUUUGCAUAUGUCAAAAACCACAUUGUUUAGGCGUUUGAAGGAAGGAAGGUUUAGGCGCCAUACAAAUGCCAUAAAGUUCACCUUGACCGAAGAUAACAUGAAGGCCUGUGUGCAAUUUUGCAUACAAAUGCUUGAUAGCCAAAGCAUACCGGACGAGCCAACUUUCAAAUCUUUGUACAACAUUGUGUAUAUAGAUGAGAAAUGGUUUUAUAGGACAAAGCCGGACGAAAAUUAUUACUUGUCACUUGAUGAACCGAACCCUCGAAGAAAUGUGAAGAGCAAAAAUUUCAUUGAUAAGGUUAUGUUUCUAGCAGCGAAAGCCCGUCCAAGGUUUGAUGAGUAUGGCGAAUGUACAUUUGAUGGAAAAAUUGGGAUUUUUCCCUUCACUUACUGGGAGGCAGCCAAGAGGAGUAGUCGCAGUAGGGAGAGGGGAACCAUGGAGCUCAAGGCCAUGACAUCUGUCACGAGGGACAUUAUCCGGAACUAUCUCAUUGAAAAGGUUUUGCCGGCCAUCAAACAUAAAUGGCCUAAUGAGGAACGAGGACUUCCAAUAUUCAUCCAACAAGACAAUGCAAAGACCCAUAUUGCAGUUGAUGAUCCUGCAUUUUUAAGUGUUGCACAAGAAGAUGGGUGGGAUAUACGACUUACAUGUCAACCACCAAACUCUCCAGAUCUUAAUGUUUUGGAUUUAGGUUUUUUUGCAGCAUUGCAGUCAUUGUUUCAGAAGUCAUCUCCAUCAAACAUCGAAGAAAUUGAGACAAAUGUGAUCAAAGCAUAUGAAGAAUAUCCGGCGAAUAGAUCGAAUCAUGUGUUUCUUACUCUACAAGGGUGCAUGAGAGAGAUUAUGCUUGCAAAAGAAGGGCAGCACUAUGCAAUCCCGCAUAUGAAGAAGAGAUCAUUAGAGAGAAAUGGUCAACUUCCAAUAAGGUUGCAAUGUGAUAAGCAAAUUUAUCUAGAUGCGGUAGAUUUCAUCAAUACAUAGUUAGGAUAUUUCUCUUGUAACUUUGCAUCGUUCAACAAUUAGCAAGAAAAAGAGGAGUAUUCAUGUUUGUUUUUCUCUGAUCUUCACGAAAAAGACAUUGCAUUAAAUUGAAUAGAACAAUCAAGUGCAUACACAUUAGCUAAA